AGCUCCGGUGACAACAACCCAAGCUCCAGAUGCUAACCAAUCAGCAUCACUGCCACCUACGGACAAUGGGGACCAAAAGCCAGUUACCAAGGAGACGCAUGAUUUGAAGAAAAGGAAGAAAAAGCCAGGACAAAAGCAAAGGAGCCACGGACCACUUUGGACAAAACACUCACCAAAGGAAGUCAUCCCAGCCAUCAAAUUACAAAAACCAGCAUUCAUUCAUCAAGACCAAAUGCUAAGCAUCCUGGACCACAAAACGUGGCUCAGCAGUGACGAAGUGGAUUCAGCCUGCUUUCAUCUAGCGCAGAAGUUCCCUGAUGUGGAUGGGCUUCAGUCCUGCCUUUGCUACCAGGCUCUUCACCAGGGAGGUGUGGUUGGGACACCAGAAAAGUCAUUUGUGCAAAUAUUAAAUGUAAAUGACAACCACUGGAUCACAGCAAGCAAUAUUUUCUGUGGACCCAAUGAGCUUUGCAUUUAUGACAGUCUGAACACGAACAUCAACAAGAAGACAAAGCAAAAACUCUCCUGGUUAAUUCGUCCACAAGCACCUCACUUCCUCAUUAGAAGGCCUGCCGUGCAGAAGCAGCAGUCAGGUAGCAGUUGUGGACUUUUUGCAUUGGCUUUUGCAUCAGUGUUGUGUGAGGGAGUCAGGCCAGAGGAGUGCCACUUUCAAGAGAACAACAUGCGACAAAGACUGUACAGAGCUUUGCUGAACAAAAUGGUUCCAGGCUUUCUUUAUAAAAACAUAAAGGCAAAGCCUGAAAGGGCCUCAGUUCAGGUUGAGGUUCACUGCAUCUGCAGGACCUCACACAACAGAGAGGUGAUGGUGCAGUGCAGCAACUGCAGUACUUGGUACCACCCCAAUUGUGUGUCUGUCCCACACCAAGCUUUGGACAGUACUGCAGAAGAGUGGAACUGUGAAAGAUGCAGAGAUCAAGAGUGAAAAGUUGUGGGGCUUGGCCCUGGUCCUGCUGCCCUUGGGGCAGGGUUGUUCACUCUGUGUUGUGUGUGCGUGUGUGGUGUGGAUGUGUUCAUGGGGCUUCUGUUCAUGUGUUCCCUUUUGCUGUUGUUUGUUGCUUCAGUUUUGCUUUAUGAUGAUGUUUUG